AUGUAUCGUCUAUCAAGUGUGAUCCGUCCGGCCAGACAGCUGUUCACUCCAAAAAUCUUGGCCCCUCGGCUUGCUGUUGGGUUCAGCACCUCACAGCAACAGCAGUCUGCCAAGGAGCUCAAGUUUGGGGCUGAUGCAAGAUCCAAUAUGCUUAAAGGAGUUGACACCUUAGCUGAUGCAGUUGCAGUCACUUUGGGUCCAAAGGUGUGGGGUUACUGUGGUUCCAUGUUAGAUGGCAGACAAGUCUCUCUCUCUCUGGAGUAAAUUUCAUUUUAAGAUGAAGAAAGACAAAUUUUAAGCUCUGCAAAUUUCUUUGCAAAGGAACAAUGAAAGAUGUUCUCAUUGGAUUAAAAAGACUUCUGAGACUCAUUAAAUCAGUAGACAAUUCACUCUUCCACAUCUUGCUCUCAUAAGUUUCAAGAGUUCCUCUCUCUUUAACCUGAGACCAUGAGCAAUUUUCUUGUUUUUUUAUUUCCGAGCUACUUGGUAAAGAGAGGUUAUGUUUGACCUCUGAGUUAACAUUUUAUUUGAAUUUUUUUUCCUACAGGGAAAAAAUGUUAUAAUUGAACAAAGCUUUGGAGGCCCAAAGAUCACUAAGGAUGGUGUAACAGUUGCCAAAGCCAUUGAACUGAAAGACAGGUAUCAGAACAUUGGUGCUCGUCUUGUGCAAGAUGUUGCCAACAACACUAAUGAAGAGGCUGGAGAUGGUACAACAACUGCAACUGUCCUGGCCAGGUCCAUUGCCAAAGAAGGCUUUGAGAUUGUUUCCAAGGGAGCAAAUCCCCAGGAGGUUAGGAAAGGUGGGUUUAAAGAAUAAAUUUGAUUUUGUUCUCCCUGAAUUACAUGCCUUCAAGCAAUGUUUUUGUGGGGAGAAUUUCACUGAAAAAAAGGAUUGCACUAAAUUUCCUUUAAACACAUUUAGGUAAGUACACUUUGCUUUAAGCAGCUUACAAGUUAAAUAGAAUGGACAUCAGCUUUGCAGGCAUUUCUAGUCAGCAAACAAUCUCACUUUGAAGAAUUUGGUAUUGGAUCUGCUUCUACUUCCCUAAUUGAUAUAUUUCUUCAUUCUCAUCACUUGUCUGCUUGAUAUUGCAUCAAUACUGUAAAGAGAAAUUCUGUCAUGGUCAUCCAUGGGAGAUGAAGUUAAUUUAAAAUUAAAAGGCUAUUCUAGCAUUGUUUUUCGUAGGAUCAUAGGUAACUACCAGUGUUGUCUGUUUGCAGGUGUUAUGCUGUCAGUUGAAGCUAUUGUUGAAAACCUAAAGAAAAUGUCCAAACCAGUUACUACUCCAGAAGAAAUUGCUCAAGUAGCAACAAUUUCUGCUAAUGGCGACAAAGGCAUUGGAGAACUGAUCUCCUCAGCAAUGAAAAAAGUUGGCAAGAAUGGAGUGAUCACUGUGAAGGUUACUGGCUAAUUUUACUUGUUUGCUAUUGAUUAUUUACCUUAUAUCAUAUAGCGAGAAACAUGAGAACAUGAUGUAAGGUGAUUUAAUUUUUUUUUUUAUCUUAAAGGAUGGCAAGACCCUGUAUGAUGAGUUGGAAUUGAUUGAAGGAAUGAAGUUUGACCGUGGAUUCAUUUCUCCAUAUUUUAUCAACACAACAAAAGGUAAUGAAUAACUUCAACCUGAUCUUGCAAUCUUUUCAUGAAAUCUAACUUUUUGUUCUAUCUGUAUCCACUUGUAGGACAAAAGGUUGAGUUCCAGGAUUGUUUGGUUCUCCUGUGCCAGAAGAAGAUCUCUUCCAUUCAACAGAUUGUUCCUGCGCUUGAGCUGGCUAAUGCACACAGGAAACCUCUUGUUAUUGUAGCAGAGGAUGUUGAUGGUGAAGCUCUGACUACACUUGUCCUCAACAGGUAGUGGCCUUCAGCCUUUCAUCAUUAAGAAUUUGAAUUGGUGUUAACCAUAUUCAUGGAUUGUGUUCAUUUUGUUUGUUUUAGCUUCUCUUUGGAUUGCAGAUGGCUUGGAAAAGUUGCCCUCUUUUCCCAACCAAUGCAACAUAUAACAAUCACAAUUUGGUCACUUGUGUUUCCACUCUUUAUGCCUUAAACUUUCAACUACAUCAAUUUCAGUCAAAGAUUUUACUCUCCCUUAUAGCCUACAGACUUCAAACUUAAAAAAAGUACAAUACUAAGACAAAAAGAGAAAUGCUCAUUUACUUACAUUGAAUUCUGAUUAUACCAACCAAAGGGUUAUGUUGCUAACAGGAAGGGUUAAAAUGAUUUUGAACUGUUAGUACAAUGGCACACAGGGAGGUUAUCACAUUAACUACUUCAAAUCCACUCUCUAGGCUCAAAGUUGGUCUCCAAGUGGCUGCAGUGAAGGCGCCAGGUUUUGGUGACAAUCGCAAGAACACGCUGCAAGACAUGGCCACUGCCAUGGGUGGUAUGGUAUUUGGAGAUGAUGCUCUGGAAACAAAACUUGAAGAUGUCCAAAUUCAAGAUCUUGGUGAGGUUGGAGAAGUGUCAAUCACUAAGGAUGACACACUGUUCUUAAAAGGAAAGGGUAGCACAGAGGAAAUUGAGAAGAGGUGCGCUCAACUCAGAGAGGAGCUUGAAAAUACAACUUCAGAAUAUGAGAAAGAGAAAAUAAAUGAACGUCUGGCCAAGCUCUCUGAUGGUGUUGCUAUCUUGAAGGUACAAAGAUACAGGCUUGAUUUGAUUGCUAUUCUUGUUCUGAAGAUUUUCUACCAAAGUGAUUUCCCUUAGCAUUUAACUCACCCUAUUCUCAUCACCUGCGUUAUAGGCUCUAUAUGACAUUGUAUAGUUCUUCACAAUGGCUUUCUCGCAUACAUUUUAGGCUCUAAAUUGCCCUCCAUUUAGAGUGUCAAGUUUCAAAUGGGCUCCCUUUUGCUAAAAGCUCCACUCCUUCCAAAUUAAAUCUUGUUAGAUAUUAGACGUCAGUAAGGCCAUAUUUGCAAUUCAGUCUCAAAGUGUUAUGUAACUAAAAGCUUGUAAUAUAUUCUUUGAAAUACCAAUGAUAUUCUAGGUGACAAUACAGAAGAGAAACUAGUAGUCACAUUUUGGCAUGGGAGGGGGUCUUUUUAAGCCCUUAUUUGGUUAACUUACCUCUCCAAUAAACCCCAUCCUCUCAUUCCGGGAGAUUGACAAGCUCCUUCAAAGCUUGUAAGAGUAUUUAUGGCACACUUGCCAAUAAUAAUCAUCCUUUUGUAGAUUGGUGGUUCCAGUGAAGUAGAAGUGAAUGAAAAGAAGGACCGGGUAACAGAUGCUUUGAAUGCCACUAGAGCAGCUGUGGAAGAAGGUCUUGUGCCUGGGGGUGGUGUUGCCUUGUUGAGAUGUAUCCCCAGCCUUGAUGACAUCAAGACAGAAGGUGAAGACCAAGCCAAGGGAGUAGACCUUGUCAGACGGGCUUUGCGCAAGCCAUGUCAGACUAUUGCAGAGAAUGCUGGUGUAGAGGCUGCACUUGUGGUGGAAAAGGUGGGAUUUGUUUUCAAGAAUGUUUUCAGGUUAACUCAGUACUCAGCAAAAGGGUGCUAGGGUACUUUGAUAGCUGUUUCUCUUUUCAUUUUGGUUCUACAAGCAGUUUUCUUUGCACACCAACAUGGUUAUUUUACGUUUCCUCUUUAAGGUGGCCUCUAUGGAAGGUAACCAAGGUUACGAUGCCCUUAACAACACCUACGUAGACAUGAUCCAAGCAGGAAUCAUCGACCCCACAAAAGUUGUCAGAACAGCUGUGACAGAUGCUGCAGGUGUUGCGUCCCUCUUAACCACAGCAGAAACAGUCAUUGUUGAUCAGCCCAAGGAUGACAAGGCAGACAUGGCUGGCAUGGGUGGAAUGGGAGGAAUGGGAGGAAUGGGCGGAAUGGGAGGAAUGGGUGGAAUGGGUGGAUUUUAAAUGAAUGGAUGAGAUAUUAUUCAAUGUGCUUUGGUUCCCUAAUUUCACAACUUGCAUAUCUGGAAACAUUUAUG